UAUUGCAUGAACACGUACGUGAGAUGGCAAUGCUGAACCACACAUGAAUGUAUUAACCUGACCGCACCGCUUAUAUAUAUAUAUAUACCAAAGCUUAGAGCAGAUGCUCUAGAUGAAAAAAAUAGAAGAUAGGAUGGCACCAAACGGGAGAAGGAAGAGCGUGAGCGGAAGCUUGGUGAAGCCGCCACCACCACCAAAGCUAGCGAAAGAGUCACUGCAUAGGUCCCUGUCAGACAUAUCGUUGGAUUUCCACAGAGAAGAAGAGAAAGGACUGGGGACGAUAGUGGAGGUAGAGAAGGCAAAGUGCGAGUGCUGCGGGAUGAGAGAGGAGUGCACGAUGGAGUACAUAGAGAGGGUGAGGGAGAAGUUCUUUGGGAAGUGGAUAUGCGGACUGUGCUCAGAGGCGGUGAAGGAGGAGAGGUAUAAGAGAGAUGAGGAAGGGCUAGAAGGGGCCUUGAAGGAGCACAUGAGCGCCUGCCUCAGGUUCAACAAGCUCGGGAGGGAGUAUCCGGCUCUCUUCCAAGCUGAUGCCAUGAGAGAUAUGCUCCGGAGAAGCACGAGGGGUCAGUCUAUUAGCCAUAAACCCACUCUUCACAAUAAGCCCGCCAUUUCCCGUACUUCGAGCUGUAUUCCUGCCAUCACCAGGGACCUUAAUUAAUGUGUCUUAAUUAUAAUAUCUUAACGUUUUAAUUUAGUCCCUAGCUAGCUAAUACUCUAAACACUCAUAUAUAUAUAUAUAUAUAUAUAUACACUACAGUACUAAUUAAUAAAAUUGAUCCAGAUCCUGGUCAAGCGUAAUUUAGUCCCUAGAUGUAUUUUCGUUUGUUUGUUUUUUUUUUUUUCUUUCAAUCCAAAGGAACAAAUACUUAA